AUGACCGGAUUUCGUCUGGGUAGCAACAAAAAGGAGAAGCUGUCUCCACCGGGGACAGCCAAACCUUCUGCGCUGGUCGACGAGGUAAGCGCACCUCGCAACUUUGGAAUCAAGAACUAUCUCCAUCAAUUCUACGUGACUCCAACUGGUGAUGAUGUUGAAGGCGGAGCAAUGGGCGGUCCAAUGAGCGGAGGAGCAUGGUACUUGUUACCACCACCACCUGCUCAGAGGAGAGGUCUUCUGAUCUGUCGUAUCUGUACAAUCAUCGGAUUGCUGUUCCUGAUCGCUGGAGCAGUCACAAUUUGUAUCGGAUACACUUGGAAGGAGGAGCGUAACAUCGAACAAUCCAUCGAACGCUUCGUUCUUUUCCAGGACGAGAACGGUGGUCUCUAUGUUCCACGUGACAAACUAGAGAUAAUCCUUCAAGAUCCGAUGCGUCUGUGGAAGUCAGUCGGAUUCGGACUGUUCACAUUGGGAAGUCUUCUUCUAGCCUUCUCAUUGGCCAUUCCAACAGCGGCUGCUAUGGUCGGAACCACUCGUUUCGCUGCUUUUGCAUCACCGGAUAAUUCUCCAAAUGAGCCGCCCGUUCGAGUGUUCCCUCACUCUUCCAACGUCACCGGAAUGAGCAGCGGGCCAGUUCCAGUGAUGGAGGAGAUUGCAAAGGUGCAACCAUCUGAAAAGAGGUCUCCAACUGUAACAACAGAUCUUCUCGACCAGGAAGUGCAUUGA